AAAACCUGAUUGAUGAGAACCGUUACAUUGUGCAGCUAAUUAAACAUUGCUUAUCGUGAAGUUUUGACCUCAAUUCGGAUUCUAUAUAAAUGGAUCGAUGGCCACAUUUUAGCUAUACGUGUUACAAAUUUUGUGAAAUGUGGACAAUAUUUUUACUGUUUGGAUUGAGUUGUCAGAGUGUCCUGUCGGCCAAUUACGAAUUUCUUCCUGAGGAUCCGGAUAUAUUUUCGGACUGCAGGAAUCCACCUGGACCUCCUGGAGCAACAAAUAUCAAAGGCUUGUUUAGUCUGGAUGAACUGGAAUUAUCUCUGAUCGGUGAUAUGGUUCACAUUGAAGGCAAUUUAACAACAGUUUGGGACAUACAGCCGACCGAUCGUAUAUAUGCUGCUGCCCGUGUCAUGCAUUGGAAUCGGGGCGUUUGGCAAUCAACGGUUUUCGAUUUGCACACUAAGGACUUGUGCAAAAUUUUGUAUGAUAAGGCUCAGUAUUGGUACACUGCUUGGGUCAGACACGUGACAAAUGUGGAUGAAGUUCGCAGUAAAUGCCUAUACCUUAAGGAUGGCCUCAAAAUCAUUCAUGAGCCCUUUGAUCUGAAAAUGGUGUAUGAAAACAUUCAGGGCGUCAAAUUGUAUGGGCGCUAUAAGAUUGUUAUCAUAAUGGAGGCCUUUGAAGAACACAAGAAUAUUAAACGACCCACUACCGUUUGCGUUGAGAUAAUAGGCGAUGUGAAUCGGAUAUAAUGUCAACUCUAUUAGUUAUGUACUAGUUUAUUGAUGUUAGUUAGUUAAGAGCUGCAUAUGUUUUAUAUUUACUUACAUAAAUUACAUUUG